CAGUGGUUUCUUGGUGACACUAGGCAGAAGAGCUCCGGCGCUACCGCUCCUGGCUUCUCACCGCAGUCCGUCUUGGACUUUGGGGUUUUGCCUCGGUCAAAAGGACGUCUGGGACUUUCUCCAAGUGCUUGACAGCUCACUCCUUUAGCAGGGUGUCUGAGCAUCGGCACAGAAUGAAGCUGGUUUCCAUCAUCCUGAUGUUCCUGGGUUCACUCGCCUUCCUAGGCGCGGACGCCGCCCCGCCAGACGCGUCCUCGCAGUUCCGAAAGAAGUGGAAUAAGUGGGCGCUAAGUCGUGGAAAGAGGGGGCUGCAGGCAUCCAGCAGCGGUUCCUCGGGACUCGCUGGUGAGGACACGGUUUCUACCGAGACUCUUGUUGCGGUCCAGGGCCAGGAGAGCACAUCUAAACCCCCACAAGCCAGCACCCCGAGCGUAGCCCACAUCCGAGUCAAACGCUACCGCCAGAUGAUGAACCCCGGCUCCCGCAGCUCUCCGUGCCGCCUGGGGACCUGCACGGUGCAGAAACUGGCCCACCAGAUCUACCAGCUGACCGACAAAGACAAGGACGGCGUUGCCCCCAGAGACAAGAUCAGCGCCCAGGGCUACGGCCGCCGGCGCCGGCGGUCCCUGCGGGAGGUCCUCCAGGCCCGGACUGUGCCGUCCUCCCGGGAGCAGACCCUCGCCACCGCAGCCUCCGCGGACGCCCCGCGCCCUCCCCAGGCCCUUUAGGACUUAGUUGCGGGUGGCGGCACUGAACAGUCGGGCAAGAGUCCCACCGGCUCCUGCGGAAUCAGAGAGCUUCGCGCCGGCGCGGACCGAGACAAACCUGCGGAGAUCCGCCGGGCUGCCCCUGGGGGAGGGGGCAGCCCGGCCAGGCUCGCCACGCAGACUGAGCAGUACAGACUGUUACUCUUCGGGCAGGGGUCUGAGCCACUGCCUUGCCCGCUCACAAACUGGUUUCUCACGGGGCUUAGUAAGCCUCAUUACUACUUGAACUUUCCUAAAACCCAGCGAGGAAAAGUGCAAUGCUUGUUGUACAGCCAAAGGUAACUAUCGUAUUUAAGUUUGUUGCUGUCAAGAGGUGUUUUUUUGUUUUUCUUUUGGUAACUUCAAAUACAUAGAGAUAUUUUUGUACGUUAUAUAUUGUAUUAAGGGCAUUUUAAAGCGAAUGAUAUUGUCACCGUCCCCUAUUUUAAGACGUGAAUGUCUCAGCGAGGUGUAAGGUUGUUUGGUUCCGUGUGUGUGUGUGAGUGUGUGUGUGUGUGUGUGUCUAAGGUGGAGAGCGCCUGAUUACCGCCUGUGGAAGAAGAAAAGACAUUAUGUCUCUUAUAAUCUAUUUACUUAAAUAUGUGAUCUGGGAAAAAGCAAACCAAUAAACUGUCUCAA